AUGAUCCUGAUUGGAUGGAAACACAUGUUAUCCAACACUAUUGCUAGACCGAGAGCCCUUUUUACUAUGUGGAUGGCUAGCCACCAUAGACUUGUGACAAAGGGACGGCUAAAAAGGCUUGGCCUUACGACCGACGACAGCUGUAAAUUCUGCGACAAGGAGGAAACAGUUGACCAUCUUUUAUUUGAAUGCCCGCCGUUUAAAACCUGUUGGCAACAAUAUCUGGUGUGUUUGGGGUAUCAACAUUUCCCUUGUGAUUGGCGUGAAGCACUUAAGUGGUUAAUCACACAUUGUAAAGGGAAAGGCUGGAGGAAGUGCAUAUUGCGUAGCUCUGUAGCGGAGACCAUCCAUGAAGUUUGGAGGUAUCGCAACAAUGCCGUCUUUGGCAAUACGGUGAAUAUUUUGGAGAUUAGAGAUUUAGUCAUUUCUACCCUUGCAAAUAGAGGUUGGGUUAAUACUAGAAUGAGACAUCAUAUAGCUCAAUUGCUUUUAGAGUAG